GGAAGACUAUUCCACAGGUUUGCCGUUCUCACACUGAAACUGAACUUCCUGGUGUUCAAUUUCGUCCUCUGUACAAGUAGUUUCCUUGAGUUUCCCCUCCCUUGAUCUCUGUUUACAUGGUCUUUACGCAGUUUGAUAAAGUUUGAUGCUUGAUGGUCAUAUUUGCCACAAGUGUAUACUCUUGUAUACUGCUAUCAUGUCCCCUCGGUGGCGUCUAUAUUUUAGUGUUAGUAGCUUCAGUGUUCUCAAUCGUUCUUCAUAUGUGAGGUUUGACAUUCCUGGAAUCUGUUUUGUUGCUCUCCUCUGUACUCCUUCUAUCAUUUCUAUAUGUUUCGACUUAUAUGGGAACCAUACGGAGCUGGCAUAGUCAAGGGACAGUUUUAGUGGUUAUGCAAGGCAUGCUUACAAAAGCCAAGUUCUAACAACAGUAGACAGAUCAACAGUCAGAUCUCGCAGAGUCCGGGACACCAUGCAGGAUGAGAAUGACUCUGUACUGACUAAUAGCGACAAAACACGGGAAACUAGAGACUAUUCACUGACCGGUCGAGUUGGCUUGCAGACUGAUAGGAAUGUGACGCAGGUGGAUAAAAUUUCAACACAGACCGGUGGAUACUCAACCAAGACUGUUAGCGGUAAUGGUAUGCAGUCGGACAGGAACAUCGCUCAUAUUGACACAGAUCAACGAAAUGAUGAGAGGAAUGGUAUACAAAUUCUUGGACAAAGAAGUGUCAUCUUCGAAGAGAGGAACGACGCUUUUCUGAAGGAACAAGAACAUUCGAGACGACAGACACAUCAUGAUGACAUUUCAGCACGGGAUUCUAAAUAUAAUGAGAUGCCAGUUACGAGGAAGAUCUCUCUGGCCAAGUCACUGUCAAAAUCUAUAGUAACCGGCACUCUGCAAGCUCAUCAUUCAAGGACACAUUUCAACAAAGGUCUUCCUCAAAUGAAAAUGACAGGAAAUGCAAUGAUGAAGGAUUUUAUGGGAAUAAAUACUCAGAAGGCUGAUAGAACGAAAAACCAGCAGAAAAAGAAUGUUCGAGCUAGUAUGAACUGCCUUACCCUCCUCGUUCAUGAUUUUAAGAUCUGGUACAGGCGAUGGAAACGCAAACACUGGGAGCUGCCUCUCCUCAAAAAGUACAUAGAAAGGAUAGAAAGUAACUUUGGGUCUGGCCUGGGCUCUCUAUUUGUAUUUAAUCGCUGGGUGCUGUGUCUGAACUGUGGCCUGAGUCUACUUUGGUCAGCCCUCGUAGUCCUGCCUACGGCCAUUACAUUCACCUACCACCAGGUCACAGUGGAAUUCAACUUCAAAAAUCUGCUGGAUGGAAGGGGAGCAGUGGGACAGUCAUGGCUCUUCUUCGGAAAAUACCAAGAGAAAGUGGGAACCCAUUACUGGUUAUCCGUGGCAUACCUGUUUCUUCUCCUUAUCACCUACUUUGGCAGUUUGAUGCUGAUCAUGAGGAGUAUUGGUGAAGCCAGUCAGCCUAAGUCGGCUUCCCCUCUUCAGGGCCACAACAAAUUCUCCCUUCUCCUGUUUACAUCUUGGGAUCACUCCAUAACCAAUGAGGAGGCGAGCAGUAACAUAGUGCAGGGUAUAGCCAGCAUUAUUAAGGACAACUUGUACGAGAUAAAAGCGUCAGCUGCUGAGCGUAACCGCAGUGUGAAAGAGAAGCGAGGCAUUUACUGCCGCCGUGUUCUCGCCUGGUUCAUCACCAUCCUGUUGGUUGGGGGAGGGUGUACACUCAUCGUCUUCCUUGUCAUCUAUAACGUCUCCAGUAUCAUAAAGCAACAGGGGAGUGUUGGACUAUCUGAAGAUAGCAUAGUAGUUGUGUACAGCACUCCGAUCAUCUUCACACUCAUCAACAUUCUGGUGCCUAUGUGUAUUAAACUGUUACCCAAGAUGGAGAGUUAUCACAGUGGCAGAACAGAGCUCUAUAUCACAUUGGCUCGAAUCUUCUUCCUACGAAUGGCAAACCUCUUUGCCCUGCUUAUAUCCCUGUACACCAAUAUAAACUCUCACAUUGAGGGUGGCGGAUGUCUUGGAACUGUCAUAGGCCAGGAGGUCUACAAGCUCGUCGUCGUGGAUACCAUUUUACAUGUUAUAGUCAGCGCUGCAGAUAUGCUACUACCCUAUUACUGGACCAGGGAGAAGUCUGAGUUUGAUUUGUCAUCAGCCGUACUAGUCCUGGUAUACAGACAAGGGCUGGUGUGGGUGGGUACAAUCGCCAGUCCACUGAUGCCCCUGGCAGGUGCCAUUUCCUGCCUUGUGUUUUUCUUCACCAACUACAACAUUGUGCGGUGUGUGUGCAAGCCUCCCCUGAAGCGGUGGAACCAGUCCCGUAAUACCCGAUUCCUGAUGGGGUUCCUUCUCAUCACCCUUGCAGCUGUCAUACUUCCUAUGUCCGUGGUAAUAGGCAGCCGAGACUUGAUCCAUCUAGGUCAAACCUCGUUCCCCCUCCGAUACUGUGGACCAUUUGCUGGGGGCCGCCCAACUGAUGCCUACAGGCGCUUUGUCUCCGAACUCGACAGCUGGCCGGGUCAGGUCCUAAAGUGGUUGGGCUCUGAUAUCGUAACCCUUCCGCUAGUCCUCAUUAUUAUAGCAACAUUGAGCUACCAACGGAAGCUUCUGUCAGGGGAAAAGCAUUACCGGGUCCUACUCCAGGCAGAACUGCAGCAGGAGAGAGAGGAUAACCAGGAGCUCAUCAAAAAGCUCCAGGUCGUCGGUAUAGGAAUGUGACAUGGUCUGUUACUGAAGAGGCCAUAAAGACUUGGAAGGGGAUGACCAGGAAGAGACAAACACAAGGACCCAUCCGUUUGUUUGACUGUAAUGAUAGCAUCAACUCCGUUAAUUCUUCGCUCAUAUUGAGUUGUUCAACAGCUAGAAAUGUAGCAAUAAGACGCAGUGUUCAAUUAUUUCUUUUUAUAUUCACCAUGACAAUAAAGUGUCUUUACUGAAUUAUUUCAACUGUGAAUAAUACAAGUAUCGAAAACAUAACAUGAGCAAACACUUUAAAGUGACGGAACAUUGAGCUUGGCCCUCAACUCCAGCAAGCCAUUAACUGUGAAGGGACGUCUACAGUGAUAAAACAUAGGUUUCGCCUCAACAACAACAAUUCCUCUACAGUGAUAAGACAUAUGAUUUGGCUCUCAACAAUAGCAAGUCCUCUACAGUGAUAAGACACAGGGUUGGCCUCAACCACUGCAAGUCCUCUACAGUGAUAAGACAUAGGGUUGGCCUCAACCACAGCAAGUCCUCUACAGUGAUAAGACAUAGGGUUGGGUUCGCAACAAUAGCAAGACGUCCUCUACAGUGAUAAGACAUAGAGUUAGGCUCUCGACAACAAAAGUCCUCUACAGUGAUGAGACAUAUGGCUUGGCUCUUAACAACAACAAUUACUCUACAGUGAUAAGGCAUAGGGUUGGCCUCAAGCACAGCAAGUCCUCUACAGUGAUAAGACAUAGGGUUGGGUUCGCAACAAUAGCAAGACGUCCUCUACAGUGAUAAGACAUAGAGUUAGGCUCUCGACAACAUAAAGUCCUUUACAGUGAUAACACAUAGGGUUAGGCUCUUGACAACAUAAAGUCCUCUACAGUGAUAA